CGCUUCUCCUGGCAAAGAGCAGUUUCGGUUGACCUUUUUAUCAUCAUGCCUCCCGAAGGCAGCGAGAACACUCGAGAAAGCGUUCAACGAGCUCCGGAUGACCAGCUCCCACGACGAUCAGCCUGCGACCGCUGCAGGUCUCAUAAACUUCGCUGCCUGCGCGAUGAGAGCACGACCGAUAUCUCAAAGCCGUGUCAACGAUGUUCCAAGGCCGGGGUGACUUGUUCAACCGGAAUAUCGGGUCGACCCGGUCGGCCGAGUAAGUCGGCAAGAGAGAAGCAAAUGAAAAUCUCAAAUGCCGAUGUAUCACGAAAUCCGGGGCAAUCGCUGUCAGCUGUUUCGUGUACACAAUCUCAAUCCAUUCCGUCAAUCUCAUCUCAUUCCCGCGAUGCAGCCUUUGGAUCCUCACCGUCAUGGCUACUUGACUGGGAUAACAUUCUCCAGCCGGGGUUGCUGUCGUCAGAAACUUCGGCAUCCCAUCGAGAUCAUGCCAGUUCUGGAAUCUCAAACCCUCAAGACUACAAUCUCAUUGAACCAUUUAAUGUUGGUAGAGCAACCCAAGAAUCAAGUCAUCUUGGUCCCGAUACUUUGGAUUUUGUGAACUUGCUCGACAUGACGCACAUGAACGCUCUUGGAAGCCCCCAGCACGACGUUAUGGAUCUCGAGGUGCCUGGACGUGGAAGUGCUCGCCAAUCAGAUUCUGAAAUUGACCCAGAUAUCAGAGUAGACCGUUCUGUUCCUCGUGGCGGGGAGUCAUCAGCGGAAAUUCGCGAGAUACAUCUGGAGAAAACAGAUUUGAAAGAAGAGGUUCUGAGAAGCCUCGCAGAGUUGCAUUCCGGUUUACUGGCAGACUUGAACCUGAUGAGAGAUGUUGGAAAGUGUCCAUGUAAACGCACGGCAAGAGUAUCCCUCGCCUCCAGUCAGAGGAAUGCAGAUGGCAGGACAGAAGAGUACAACUUCCUCGUCGGAAGAAUGCUCAACAAGGCAGAAAUCUUCGUUUCGAUUCUACAAAAUUUCACUCCUCCACUGCCUGGAGAGUCAAGCUCGGGACUUAGUGAUUCUCAACCAGAGUCUGAUUGUUCUGAUGAAGAUCAAGACAUCAUAAAUGCGUUCACUUCAUGGCACAACGAGACAAUGCCCAAUGGAUCCGAUAUGGCCUCCUUUGAAAUACCUACAAGUUCGAAGCCCCUAGUAGGCACCAGCAUACGAUGCGAUGUCCCUAUGAUGCUCUCAAUCCUCACCUGCUACGUCUGUCUCAUUCGCAUCUAUCGGACGAUCUUCUCCAGCAUCUACACCGCACUCGUGGUUGCGAAAGAAAGGAAAAUAAAACUUCCUCCACUGUUCCCAGGGCUCAAACUUGGAGGUUUUGCUCCGCACAUGAACUUCCAAGUCCAAAUCCUUGUCCAGAUUGGUACAAAUUUCCUCAACAAGAUCGACGACGCUUUAGGACUUCCAGACGAGCAUGGUCGGGCGAAGAAGGGCGGCGGAAUUCUUGAACAGACAGGCUCUGCUGUAAUUUUGCAAGCUAUGAUGAAAGAGGAAGCAGUGGAGGGGCUUGAGAAUGGGGAUCCAAGCAAAGAAUCACCGAGGGAGAUAUUCAGGAAGCUGGCCCUUGUGUGCUGAGCUUGCUGUCCUGUAUGCGCGUGGCCCUACAAAGUUCAAGAAUAGCACUACGACGGAUCGGUAAAAAAGAGAAGACGGAGUUUGGUUGGUCGUGACGCACCAAAAUGGCCGGCUAUGGGACUUGACUUCAUACACUAAUCUAGUGAACCAAACUCCCCGCU